AUGGCGCCACCAAAGCUGCAGGAGAACGGGAUUCUGAGCCUGGAGGAUACGCCCGCUGAUAUCGUCGAGAUCAUUGAGAGGAACGCUGCGGAAUCUCCGCUCUUGAAUCUCCCAGCAGAGCUGCGCAAUCGCAUUGCGGAGAUGGUCUGCGGGACCACUUCUGACUGCGUGUGGUUCCUCGGCCACGGCCAACACAUCGUCACCUCUUCCAAAAUAAGGGAAGUGACUUCCUCGAACCCUUUGAAAGCCGUGUGCAAGACCCUCCGGGCAGAGACAAUUUGGCUGGAGAUGAGGGUGAACAGAGUGAAGGUCGAAGCUUCAAUUUUUGUUCGAAUGCACCAAAAAAAAGACCUCCGUCUGAGGCAAAUCAAGAGCAGCAUCGAGAUUGCAGUCAAAUGGCAAGAUAACUUCGCGCCCGAAAUGAAGCGACGUCGCGCGAUCUUCGAAUACGCCAAAGAAAACCCCGACAUCAAGAUUGGGGUGCGUAUCAGCAAUUGGAAGUUCGUUUCGGCGAUUAUGCCGCUCCAGUAUUUUGUCUGCGUUGGUUGGGCAAUUGAGAAGUCCCUUCGGGGCAAAAAGUGGAAGUUCACCGGCUGCCAGAAGGCCUUGGUAUGCUGGACAGACGGAAAGGCAAAUGAAGAGCUUGAUUUGCCAAAUCUCAAGUUUUUCCCUCUGGUGGGUAAAUUUGACGAAGACAUGUUCCGUCAAAUGGUGACCAAGGGUGAGGAGGCUGCAUUCGCCCGGAAGCUCAUAAAGCUGUAUGGGAGUGAAGAUGAGGCGGUGGCGGCGGUGAAGGUCUGGUUUGUUGAGGGUGUGUAG